CUCUCGCUGCGCCGCACGCGCCGCCUCGCCGGCGUGCUCACGACGAUCCCUACGACGCUGCUCUCGCUCGCGAGCUCCGGCGCCGUGCUGCUGACCCAGCCCGUCGACCCCACGACGCCGCCGAUGCUCGGCAUCGACCCCGUGUACCUGUACGCGGCGGCGACGCUGGCGUGCGGCGGGCUCGGCUACCUCGUCGGGCCGAGCAUCGGCACGUUCUUCUGGAACGUCGUGCACAAGCGCGACCGCAAGAACGUCGAGGCGAUGGACUCGGUCUUCUGGAGCAAGAUCGAGCGCAACCGCGUCGACCCGAGCCGCCAGACGAUGCAGAACCGCCUGCCCGACUUCUACGGCGAGAAGAUUGCGUCGAUCCCGCAGUACCGGCAGUGGCUGCGCGACCAGGCCGCGUUCCGGCGAAAGACGAGCCACGGCGUGCGCGACGACCUCACACAGUAG